AGGUGAAGAAUCGGAGCAGAGAAGAAACUAUGGACGCAGGUGUAGUAGCCGCCCCCAUAGAUGCAAGCGCAGAGAAUAAGGUUCACAACGAUGUUAUGCUUUUCAAUUACUGGACCUACGACGAUGUUCAGAUCAAUGACAUCUCUGUUGAGGAUUACAUCACAGCAACUACUUCCAAGCAUCCAGUUUAUAUGCCACACACAGCUGGUAGAUACCAGGCUAAGCAUUUCAGGAAGGCCCAGUGCCCAAUUGUUGAGAGGCUCACCAACUCUCUUAUGAUGCAUGGACGGAACAACGGAAAGAAGCUAAUGGUUGUCCGCAUCAUCAAGCUAAUGGAGAUCAUUCAUUUGUUGACUGACCAGAACCCAAUUCAAGUCAUUGUUGAUGCUGUCAUCAACAGUGGGCCAAGGGAAGAUGCAACUCGUAUUGGUUCAGCUGGUGUUGUAAGGCGUCAGGCUGUUGAUAUUUCUCCACUUCGCCGUGUUAACCAGGCAAUUUAUUUGCUGACAACUGGUGCACGUGAGAGUGCUUUCAGGAACAUCAAGACCAUAGCUGAGUGUCUUGCGGAUGAACUCUCAAUGCUGCCAAGGGUUCUUCAAACAGCUAUGCGAUUAAAAAGAAGGAUGAGAUUGAGAGGGUUGCCAAGGCCAACCAUUGAAGAGGUCGAUAUUGGAGUUUACAAGACAGCUAAGGAUCUUGUGGCUUGUGGAUUCUUCCAGUGGUAUGAUCCGGAAUUUCCUGGCCAAUCAAAGGUGAUAAUUCUUGGCUUACAGAAGGAUAAAAUGGAACUUGAGGCUGAAUUGAAGAAGAAGAAAAAUUUAAGAUGUUGCUUAUUAUUAGUAUAUGUUUCAAUGUGUAUUUUUGGUUAUUCAUAUGCUAGGAAGUAUUGUGUAAUCUGA